AUGCGUCGCGGUUAUCACAUUCGGAUCUCGCUGGACCCAGAGCCUAAAACCUUAAGGACGAACCUCCCCGACUUGUUUAUUCCAGCUACAUUAUUUCAACCACUUCCAAGUCAUUCUGCUAAAUCGACUGUGAGGCGAAAUACACUGUCUCGACCCAUUCAGAAGAAGAAAGAUUAUAGAUUUGGACCAAUAGCUAUUGACUGGGUCGAUUUCGACCAUAUGCGACCUAUGAUGCUCUCUGCAAAAGAACGACCCCGGUCCAGAGGUCCAGCCGAAGCGACAUUUGUGCCACAUACCCGUAGCAAAUCUGGGACCACAAACCUCCCUGAAGGAACUGUACAUAUAUUUCGGGAUGGCUCCAGCAAACCUACAACCGAAGAGCUUGAAGCGAAAGUUUCGAAAAUGGCACUAACAGACCCCGCUGCAGAUUCAGACGGGAUUAUGUUGGGUGUACUUGCAGUUCCAUCGUGGAUGACUCCUUCUGACUUCUUGGAAUUUGUCGCUCCAGCGGUAGAUGGUAUCGCACACCUUCGGAUUAUUCGAGACUUUGCUCCCAAUCGUUCUAUGGUCGUCAUUAAGUUCCCCAACCCAGCAGAUGCUGCCGAAUUUUCUGAGGCCUAUAACGGCAAGCCUUUCAACUCGAUGCAACCAGAAAUCUGCCAUGUAGUGCACGUUUUAUCCGUUACCAUAGACGUGGAAGAUGUUGUUUCUCAGACAAUAUCUCGCAUUGAGCAUGCUCAAGGAAAUGUGUAUGAAUUACCAACAUGUCCGGUUUGCCUCGAACGAAUGGACUCCGCCGUUACAGGCCUAAUAACUGUCCCUUGCUCGCACACUUUUCAUUGCGCAUGUCUAAGCAAAUGGGGAGACAGUCGCUGUCCAGUUUGCCGCUACUCCCAAACACUGUUAUCCUCUCAUCCUACCUCUUCAACAUCUACAAGGACCAUACCGUUUGCUGAUCCAUUGGCUCAGAAUCAAUCGUCUUGUACAUCCUGCGCUUCGAGGAGCAAUUUGUGGAUAUGCCUAAUUUGCGGAAAUGUCGGAUGUGGUCGUUAUGGUCAGGCACAUGCACAGGCCCAUUAUCAAGCAACAACACAUCUUUACGCAUUGGAGCUCGAGACGCAGCGCGUGUGGGAUUACGCGGGCGAUGGCUACGUACAUCGUUUGAUACAAAACAAGGCCGAUGGAAAGCUGGUGGAGCUCCCAAGCGCUGCCUCAUCUGUGGCUGCAACACCACGAGAAGGGGGACUCGGACCCAGCCAAGCAGACGCACUGAGUGCGGAGAAAAUUGAAGCAAUUGGGAUUGAAUAUUCAUAUCUCCUUACGUCGCAGCUCGAUUCUCAGCGUUCAUUUUACGAAGAACAAUCACAAGAACUCAAAUCCCAAGUAGAUGAGCUCAAAACUCUCGUGGAAAAGCUGAGCGUUGAAUUCAAAAAGGAAAAAGAACGAAAUAGGGAAGAAGAAGUGCGCCUCCGCAAGGCAGAAGAAGAACGUAUAGCUCAACUCUUGAAGGAUAAAGCCAAAGCCGAAAACCGAGCAGAGAAGGUCGCGGAGCUAGCCAGACGACUAGAGAAAGAGCUUAGAGAGGAACGUGCUGUUAGCGAGGGUUUGAUGAAGAAUUUGAGCAAGAUGCGAGAAAGGGCCGAAUUGGCUGAUAAAGAUAGGGAUGCUGCCAUAGCCGAGGUCAAGGAUCUCAAAGAACAAUUGCGGGAUGUGUUCUUCUCUCUGGAAGCUCAGAAAGCGAUCGAGCAAGGUGGUGGGAUUGAAUCAGAGGCGGCCGGUGGGUCGAUAGCUAUCCCUUUACCCGAGUCGACGUCGACUACGGAUGCAAAAAAGAAGAAGGCUAGAAAGAGAUAA